AUGGAAACUGAGACGGAACACAAUAUUAAAAUAUCAGAUCUGACAAAUAGACUAUAUGAAUGUGAACGGGAACUCUUGGAAAAAUCAGACCUGAGCAAGAGACUAUAUAACUGUGAAACUAAGUAUAAUGACGUAUCGUAUAAACUUACGGACACGGAGGAGUAUCUAGAAUACACAAAAUCAAAGCUGAGGGAAUGCAAGACCACAAAUGGCAAAAACUAUACAGAAAAAGAGAAUGAGGAGACUCCUAAGCCUUUGGCUGAAAGUCUUCCAAGCUUUUGCUUAAACUUGACUGCUGGUAUUCACAAGAUACAAAUUCCAAAGGGACGUGUUUCAGAUGUUGUUUGUGAUGGUGAUGGUUGGAUGAUCAUUCAGCGUCGAAUUAAUGGAAAUGUCGACUUUAAUAGAAACUGGGCAGAAUACAAGGAUGGAUUUGGUGACUUGAAUGACGAGUUUUGGUUUGGAUUGGAUAAAUUGCAUCUGAUUACAAGUUCAGCACCUCACCAGUUGAGCAUUUUAGUGAAUAGUGAAAGUGCAAGUUCUUAUAACUUUAAGAUUGGAGGUGCAGAAGAAAUGUACAAGUUGUACAAAAUGCAAAACUAUGCAGAUAAAUACUUAUUCUUCAACAAUGAAGAAGAAAAAUUUACAACAUACGAUAGAAAUAACGGUCCAGGAGAUGAUGAUUCAAAUUGCGCUAAUUAUGCCUAUGGUGGCUGGUGGUACUCAAAUUAUUGCGAGAUCAAUCCAAACUCGCAUAAUUUAAACCGUUUAGUCGGUAGCGAUGAGUUCGAAUUUAAUACUACAACCAUAAAGAUUCGCCCAUCUACUGAUUGA